CCUUUCAACUUAUUCGUGAACACGCACGCACAGUUUUAAUGGGUUGCGUGCGCGCUCACAGUUUGAGCCACAAAAUCAGCAGACCUGUAGUGUGGUGGGCGCACAACUUCUGCUCCGACAUUCAUUCACAACAAGCCACAGGAGCGACUCGAUGAGGAGGGAACACGGAGAGGGACCCUGAGCGGAUUGUUUGUCUGUGACAUGUUGCGAUCAGAGGAAAGUUCAGUGAAGAUAUUUGUUGAAAAGUGACUUGAAGAGGAGAUUUCAUUCAUAAUUCUCAAUCACUAAAAGUUGGAAACUUUAAGACUCCACGUUUUUUGAUGCUGGAAAGAUGACGGUGACAUAACUUCAGCUGGAUCCACCUACCCUUCAAGUGAAGUAGCCCCGAUGAAGACUUCCUGGCCCGGGCUCAAUCGGUGGUCGCGGAGCUGAAGCGCACUGGACGCAGGGAUCUGUAGCGGCUCGCCGGGAUGGUGCGCCUGCUGAGCUGCCUGCUGCUGGGAUAUCUUACCUGGAAUCUGCGGAUAUCGGACGCACAGGGAGAGUACUGCCACGGCUGGCUUGACGGUAAUGGGAAUUACCAUGAUGGUUUCCAGUGUCCGGAGGACUUUGACACUACGGACGCCACAGUGUGCUGUGGCUCCUGCUCGCUGCGAUACUGCUGCGCUGCUGCGGACGCACGACUGGACCAGGGCAGCUGCACCAACGACCGGGAGGUGGACAACACCGAGUAUGCAGCACAGCCCGUCUACGUGCCCUUCCUCAUGGUGGGCAGCAUCUUCGUCGCCUUCGUCGUGGUCGGCUCUCUGGUGGCCGUCUAUUGCUGCACCUGCCUGCGGCCCAAGCAGCCUACCCAGCAGCCCAUCCGCUUCUCCCUCCGAAGCUGCCAAGGAGAAACCAUUCCCAUGAUCCUCACCACAGCUCCCCCGAGCCUCCGUGCCCCCUCCAGGCAGUCCAGCACGGCCACCACCAGCUCCAGCUCAGCCGGAGGCGGCAGCUCCAUGAGGAGGUAUUCUCUCGGGGGGCAGCAGCAGCAGCACGGAUGUCUGGUGUCUGCGACUGUCUCCUCUUCAGCUUCCACCCCCACCCAGACCCCUCAGACUCUACCUCUACCUCUACCUCCACCCCCUUACACAUCUCCACCCAUGUCAGGGGGCAUUCAACACCCUUCUACCCACACGCAGCUGCAGCUCCACCAGCCCUCACAUCCCUCACAGAGUGCUGGGUUCCUCCUGCCGCAGCAGUACUUCUUCCCUCUGCAGCCAGACGCCUUCACAGCCACCAAGGGCUUCACUGACUUCGGACAGAGCUGACAGGGACACCAGCAGAGGGAUUACAAGAUUUUCUGAUGGUGUAGGGAAGGAUAAACUUGCUGCGACACAGCUGGUGGUGUUUAGGUGGAAUGCUUGUGCUGACUGUGAGGACACAGAGUGAGUGAGUACAGCGUUGGUUGAGCAGCGUGGCCUGAGGCACUUCCCAAUGUGCAUCACAGGACAAAAACAAACUUGGAAGACGCAGGAACAGCUCUGAAUCUUGUGCACUUUUAUCCUUUUUUCUAAGCAGACCUCACUGGCCAACAUUAUAUUUUUUAUACAUACUGUUUUAUAAAGUGAUGGACUACAACCUCCCAAUUUAUCGCAUACCUUCCUAAAGUGUGGUACGAGCCAACAGCAUGGACACUGUCACUCUGGCUGUUGUUAAAUUGUUAGAAAUAGAUGUAUGAAACCAGGGAAGUCUUGUGUUUUUUGACAAUCGCAUGGACCUCUGAAAAAGAAGAGGACCUGACACACCAAGGACUUUUCUAUUUGGUGGGGAAUGUGGACUUUUAUGAGUUGAUGUACAGACAUUAUAGCCAGAGCAGAGUUGUCAUGAUGAUUCUCUAAUUUUCAGUAAAUAAAACUUGUCUUUCAGUAC